AUAAACACGAGACAAAGUGCAAGUGUUGCUCGAUUUAUUGUCUAAACAAACCUUACAAUUUUGCAUAUAAUAACAUUGCAAAUAAGUUCAAUGAUGCAUCACCAAAUGCGAUUUAUAUUUAUUUGCUCUUUUCUUUGUGUAACUAUCGCAGCAACAAAUGAUAUUAUCGACAUACCAAAAAAGUCACAGCAGCAAUCAACAGUAGAGUUAGUUUCAGAUGAUGUCAGUAGCAGCAUUGAUGUAGCAGGUAUUCCAUUUGAGACAUCACACAAGUCACCAUAUCAUAAUGAGUUCCAAACAUCUCACAAGAUUUCACCCGACGCCUUACAAAGACGUGAAGACUUGUUCCAAUCAAUGAAAUCAAAGGAGAAGCCAGAGCUUGACGAUCAACUUGGUGAGCUUAUUGCUGCUGAUAUCAAGAGCAACAUUGAAGCAAAGAGAUUAAGUGAAUAUGAAAAGUAUGUGAUUGAACCGCUCACGACAGAAAAGCCAGUACUAGCUACAACAGAAGAGGGUAUUGCACAAAGCAUAAAUGAAGGCUUAAUCGAUGAUUUCUCUAUUCUUGAGGAAGCAGGAAGUGAAAAUAAGCAACAGUCACGUAUUCAAAUAAAGAAGGGUCCAAAUGGACAAGAUUAUGAAUACGAGUAUGUUUAUUACUAUUAUGAUGAUGAUGAGAAAAAUCCAGAAGACAGCGAUGUCAUUGUAUCAAACCGAAAAUCUCCUUCAUCAUCAUCAACAACAACAACCACAACAACAACAAAAGCACCUGAGUCAGUAAGUGCUGGAAAAGUCAGUUAUGCAUCGAUUGAACGUGGUUCAUCAUCAUCAAAUGGAGAGCGUAAUGAAAUUCAGUCACGUGGCAAAGGACGUGCUCAUCAAGCUUCACCAGCACCUGUUGUGGAAGAAAUUACUGACGAUCGUCUUCCGCCUGCAACACGUUUCCCACAACGUGGCAAAUCUGCAAAUCCAGCACCAGUUGAAAAUCCUGCACAAGAAUCGGGUAAAAAGCAUCAUCCAAAACGACCAAGUCUUGAACUUGUUGACAGUUAUCUCUUUAAAACAGAUGAGAAAGAUAAAAAUUCACAAAAGGGGCCAAGAAUUAUAGAAACUGAGCUCUCAAAGUCAGAAUUACUUGAAACUGUUUCCAAAACUUCAAUUGAAUAUGCAUCAAGUACAGUUGAGUCACCAACAAACGAUAUUGAAGAAGAAGAUACAACACCAUCAAUGGAAAAAGCAACAUUCGACUUGUAUGCACAUAUUGCUAAUGAAAAUGCAAAUGAAGAUGAGAAAAAAAUUGUUUCCGCUGAUUUUGAAGUUACAACGAUUGAAAUCGAAGACUUGACAACUGUUGAUGAUUCUGAUGAAGACUCAAAUCCAUCUACAACUGUAGCAGUCACUACAACGACAACAGAGGCAACUACUGAAAAAACAACGACUGAAAAGAUAACAACUACAACAGAAGAAGUAACAGAGGCAACAAGGCGUGGAGCAUUGAGUGCCGGUAGAAAUGCAAAUCGUUUUAAAUUCCAAGGACGUACAGGAUCCUUGUCUACUACAACGGCAGUGCCAGAAUCAACAGAAGCCACCAAAGGAGUUAAAAGUCGUUUCAAUAAACCAACAUUUACAGGAGGAAGAAGUAGUGGAGGACGUACUACAAAAACCACAGCUGCACCUGUCGAAGAAAAUGUUGAAAAAUCUGAAGAACCACAGCAACAAGCAGCACCAGCAAAUAAAUUUAGAAGUGGUGGAGCAAGAAAUCGUUUCAACUUACGUAAUAAUGCACCAUCAUCACCAUUGAGUACAGAAAAGGCGGCAGUAAAUACUGAAGUUGAAACCACAACAGCGUCUCGUUUAGUUAAACCACGACCACAAUUCAGCCUCAGAAAUCGCAGUAGGAGUGGAGCAUCAUCGUCGUCAACUGAAACGCCGUCUCAGUCAAAUACCGAAACAGCUGUUGCUGAAAAUGAGCAAGAAAAAGAAGAAAAAACGUCAUCAUCGGCACCUAUUGUUCCACGACCUACAUCUCGUCUUAAUAUUAAUCGUUCUGGUAACCGUAUCGCACCAACAUCAGGUCAAAGAAGUCGUCCAUCACCGCUAAAUAGAAGCCGUGUGAAUUCAAAUGUCGAAAAUAAUGAUGACAAUAAAUCAGCAAAUGAAAAUGAAAGUGAUGCAGAGUCAACAACUCAAAAUAAUUUGAAUAAAUUAAAGAGUCGGCCACGCAUUCAAAUUAAUACCGAGUCGAAAGCCAAGAAAACCACGGCUCAGCCUGUAAUCAAUAGAAAAGUUAAUCCAUUAAUCUCAAAGCGAAAGUUUGGCGUUACAUCAACCACUGAAGCUGCUGUUGAUGAAGAUGACGAGAAUGAAAGUGAUAAUGCAACCAAAGAAGGUGCAAAAGAUGUGAGUGAGAGUGUAAAUGAGUUAAAAGAAGAAGAAACAACGCAAGCAGUUGAAGUGACAUCAGAGCAGCCACGUGGUUUAGGUUUAUUAAAUCGUAGAAAAUUAGUAGCUAAUAACAGAAGACCUGGUACAACAAACUAACUUGAAGCAAAAAGACAUUUCAUUAAUUACCGUGCCUAGAUAGAAAAUAAAUAAUUGAAAGAGAAAAUUUAAACUUUCCUUUUACUCAAAAUUUUGACAAAAAUAUUUGUAGAUUUUUUUUCAUUUAUUUUUAAAAUUUUCGGCAGUAUCUUAUCUUCAUGUUUUCUUUUAUAUAACUUUUGUAUCAUUAAAGUAGAUAAGCUUCCAGCAAUCAACAAUGUGCACAUGAGAUAAGAAAGUUUUUAUUUAUUAUUGAAAAAUACUCAAUUUUUAUAUCAAAAUUUUUAAAGAAAAAAUUCGAUGUGAAUCAACAAUAAAACGAGAUUUUUAAAAUAAGCCAUGACUGUAUUUUUUAAAAUAUUAAGUUUCAUACUCCGUGACUCAUUGGAAUGUGGAAUUAUGUAAUUUUCAUUUCGAAUUUAAGUUAAAACUGUGUGGACAUACCAGAAAAGCAAAAUAGAAAUCGUG